AUGCCACCUACGUUCAAAGAAGACCGGAUGGUCUUGGCACUUCAAGCUCUUAAAAACGACAAGAAUCUGACCGAACGAACCGCGGCUAAGACAUAUGGCGUCGACCGUAGAACCUUGGGCCGUUAUCACGGUCAGGAUCACCGUGGUAGGGGCAAGCUGGUAUAUUGCGUGGUUGCACGAGGAACCGAAUGUGGGAGGCGAGGCGCACUCAGGGAAAACCCUGUGGCUGCGCACAGACCAGCGCAGAGCUACGUACAGCCCACCUCGGGGUUCAGCCGUGCAACCCUAACCCUACAAGGAACGGGCUGUGCCCGUGACAGCCGUCGUCGCACCGGCAAGCCUGCACGACGCGAUAUACCAGCCAACUUACGGAAGCUGACAGAUCUGGAAGAGCUUACAAUAGUUCAAUACAUCCUUGAACUAGAUGCGCGUGCAUUUCCACCUAGACUGUGUGGUGUGGAAGAUAUGGCCAACCAUCUACUACGUACGCGUGGCGCGCCCCCUGUCGGCAAGCUCUGGGCACAUCGGUUUGUUAAACGCCAGCCACGGCUUAGUACACGUCGUACACGUAGAUACGACUACCAGAGGGCUAAGUGUGAGGAUCCGAAGGUCAUUGGCGAGUGGUUUGCACUUGUACAGAAUACCAGGGCCAAAUAUGGGAUUGUAGAUGACGAUGUCUACAACUUUGACGAGACUGGGUUCAUGAUGGGCAUGAUCUUCCCAGGUAUGGUAGUUACGACCUCAGAUGGCCGUGGCAAGGCAAAUCUGGCCCAGCCUGGUAAUCGCGAAUGGGCGACUGUGAUCCAGGGGGUCAACGCCCUUGGCUGGGCCAUCCCUCCAUUCAUCAUCCUGGCCGCGCAAUACCACCUCGCCAACUGGUACCGCGAGUGCAAUCUACCACUCGACUGGCGCAUCGCAACUACCGACAAUGGCUGGACUACCAAUGCAGUUGGCCUUGACUGGAUCAAGCACUUUGACUACCAUACGGCGCCCCGGACAAAGGGUAUAUACCGGUUGUUGAUCCUCGACGGCCACGAAAGCCACCACUCCACCGAGUUCGAGCUCUACUGCCGGGACAACAAGAUCAUCACACUCUGCAUGCCCCCGCACUCUUCCCACAAGUGCCAGCCACUUGAUGUUGGCUGCUUCGGGCCACUGAAGCAGGCCUACGGUCGCUAUGUUGAGGAGCUCAUGCGGGCACAUAUCAACCACAUCAGCAAGCUCGAGUUCCUUUGCGCCUUUCGCGAAGCCUUCUUUGCUUCCAUGACAGAGAAGAAUAUCCAGGGUGGGUUUGCAGGGGCCGGCAUCGUACCAUUCGAUCCAGAGAGGGUGCUUUCUAAGUUGGAUGUCAAGCUUCAUACACCAACACCCCCAAACUCCCGGCCUGGCACUGCACAACCUUGGGUCUCUAAGACCCCACAUAACCCCCAAGAAGCCAGCUCGCAGUCAAACCUUAUCAAGACUCACAUCGCUAGCCAUCAAAACAGCUCCCCAGCUUCAAUGUUGGCUGCUGUUGACCAGCUUACCAAAGGUACAACGGCUGUAAUGCACCAGGUGGCUCUCCUUCAGUCAGAGGUCUCUUCGCUCCGCAAGGCCAACGAGGCACUGAGCAAGCGACGGAGGGCCAAAAAAACACGUGUGCAGCUUGGAGGGUCACUUACUGUACAGGAUGCACAGGAUCUACUAGACCAGAGGGCUGUAGUAGAUGCCGCAAGCCUGGCCAUAAUGCCCGCACUUGCCAGGAGGGUGCAGAAGCCACUGAUACAGCUGUUUCUGAUGCAGUGGGACUCCGAAGCCACGGAGAACUGGUGCCGCGUGUGGUUCCCAGAGGCGGACCUCGGAAGGGAAAGCCGCGGAUUCGAGCUUUGGUCCGUAUACAACUCCCCCGGCGGCGAAAACGUACCGAGAACCCUCCAAGGGCGGCCAAGUCCAAGCCACUCGGUGGUUCUGGCAGGAGACUUCAACCUAAAGAACCCACUGUGGGAUGGGUUUGGACGCUACGACAGGAAAUCUGAAGACCUAUUGCGGCUGGGUUCCUUGUGGGACCUCGCCAUCAGGAUUCCAAGGGGAGCGACAACGCGAGCUCCCCAGGGGCGGCAGCAAGGCCGCCCGUCAACCAUCGACCACUUCUGGACUUCGGAAAACCUCCAAACAGUAUACUACGGGGAAGAAUGUCGUGGAAAGUCAGACCACUACCCACAAGUGCUCGAGGUCGGGGAAGGGCAUGGGCCGAGGCCAACUCAACCGGAUGGCUGGGCCUGGAAGAAGAUGGACAGGGAGAGUGUGAAGGCUGAAUCAGCGUUGCUAUGUAAGGUCAUGGGGCUCGCGGACCCGGGACUGGACGGACUACCGGCCAGAACCCGGACAGUCGAGGGUCUUGACAAAGCUUUCGAUAGCCUGGCCGCCCGGGAGGCUAGGAGGGCCGAGAGACUGGCGAAGGAAACUCGGGCAGAGUACUGCUGGGAGGAGCUUAGCGAAAGGCUCAAGGACCUUGCUAGAACAACGCGCGAAGCACGGACGAGGGCUUGGAGGAACAGCCUACAGGAAGCAAGCGAGGCAAAGAAGCCCGAUCAGAUGUGGAGGUUGGAAAGAUGGGCUAGGCUGCGGAGCUUUUUGCCGCCAGAACCACCGAGGCUGCCGGAAUUUAAGGACUCUUCCGGACAGGCAGUGACGCCGACCGAGAUCACGGAAGCAAUAGGAAGAGCAAGCCCCUGGAAGGCGCCAGGAGAGGAUCUGCUCCCGAUGGGUCUUCUGAAGGCAUGUGGAAUGCCACUGGCUGAAGUGCUCGCCGUAUUGGCGACGAGGUGCCUGGAACUAGGAUGGUUUCCCGACCGGUUCAAAAAGGCGAAAACCAUAGUACUGCCGAAGCCAGGGAAGGCGCCGCCAGUGUAUCAGACCCCGGGAGGGUACAGGCCCAUUGCGCUACUGCCAACCCUAGGGAAGGUAAUAGAGUCAGUGGUCGCCAGGAAGGUCACUCAAGCUGCUGAAGUCAACGGCCUUCUACCAGACGAACAAAUGGGGAACAGGGCACACCGCUCCACGGAGAUGGCUGUUCGGCUAGUAGUAAUCCAGGUCCAGGAGACAUGGAGACAGAAGGCCGCGGCAUCCCUAUUGCAACUGGACAUUUCAGGAGCCUUCGACACGGUUAACCACACGCGACUACUGGCAACACUGCGAGAAAUGGGCUACCCGAGGUGGCUUGUUCUGUGGACAAAAGACUGGUUGACGGGCCGAGAGGCCACCCUCCUCUUUGACGGCAAGACGGCGGCACCGACGGCGAUUCGGGCAGGGGUCCCCCAAGGCUCACCGCUUUCCCCUGUUUUCUUCAUCCUCUAUAUUUCCUCAUUAUACAGGCAGCUAAAAGACGAGCACCCUCACUUGGCUAUAGCGGGGUUUGCGGAUGACACCAACCUCCUGGUAUUUGGUCGAAACCCCGAGGCCAAUGUCCGGCAACUAGAGGCGGCGUGGGAAACGUGUAUACGAUGGGCGGACAGCCGGGGGAUGAAGUUCGCCCCGGAAAAGAGCGAACUCAUCCAUUUCAACAAAGGGCGACGGCAGUGGACCGAACAGGUUCCUGGGAGUCUGGUUGGACUGGAAACUCAACUGGAAGGCUCACCUGGUGGCGGUGGAGAAGAAGCUGAGGACCCAGAGCUAUGCCCUGUCGAGGAUCGUGGCAAAGACGUGGGGAAUGGGGCUAGCCAAAGCGCGAGAAGUGUACACAAAGUGCAUCCGGUCGGCGCUGGCCUAUGGCGCAUCAUCGUUCACAUCCCCACGGAUGUGGGAGGCGAGCCGGCAAAGAAAGGCAUCACUAAGGCCCUCGGGAAGGCCCAGAACAGAGCUUGCGGAUUGUGGCGGGAGCCUUUAAGUCUACCCCCAUCCAUUUCGAAAACCGACUCCAACGACCCGAUCUGGACGACGGUCAAGGCGGCAAGAAGACGGCGGCGAGCGUUGUCCUCACCGCCUACUGCAACAUACAGCAGAGACUUAGCUUCGAGGAGGGGCAACAGGGGCCGACCGCGAACCUUGGGACCUCAAGGGCCUACGGCGGUGGAGAGAGCCGCAGGCACGGUCAUGCGCUGGACGGGGGGAAUCGUUGAUACGAACAGGGUAGUAGAAGAGGCUUGGAAAGCGAGGUGGUUAAAGGAACGGGACGGCAGGGCAAUCACCAGGCCGGUGGACUACUUUGACCAUCAGCAGGAGACGCUAUUCCGGAACGAAACCCUAAGGAGGCACGACGGACUCAGCAAGGCGAAAAGCUCACUCCUGAUUCAAAUCCGGACGGGAGCAAUAAGCUUAAGGGACUUCUUGUUUACACAGGGAGUCCCAAAGGAUUCUGACUCCUGCCUGCGAGUGUGGCGAGGGACGAGAGACUGCCGAACACCUGGUAGUGUGGUGUUUGGCCCCACCGUUGACUCGAAGAUGGGAGAGAACUGGAAUUCGGACACGACGGGACUUUUACUCUGUUCUACACGGCAUCAAUCCCACGACUGCACGGCUCGCGAGGAGAGUCCUCGGCUGGCUGAUGGACUCGGGGAAGCUGCCGAUGUACAACUUAGCCAGGAGGCUCGAGAUGGAAGCGGCGGCCUGAAGCGCCCCCGUUCGGAGGCCAGGAGGCCUCCUCUCUUUGUAUACGUAGACUCACCAGAACGCAUCGUUCCUUGA